UAGGUGUGUCUGGGGGUGUGUUUGUGGGUGUGGGUGUUGGUGUGUGUGUGUUCUAUACUUGUGAGGAAGCGACUAAAGUCUGUGGUUGCAUGUAUAUGCGUUACUGACAUAAACAGCUGGAUCGUGCGAGUAUGCUCACGUGUGUUAUGGGUGUGUCCACUGAUGAGGGCGGGUGUUUGUGUACACGGUUGGCCACAGGCGGGAUGUAUGAGGCCAAACCGGUUUUUCUUCUCCAGCUCUGAGAGUGGAGCGAUGCUGAGCCGCUGUCAGUGUGCAGAUCACUAUGGGAGGCACAGAGACGUGUAGGCGCACACCCGACACACAGCAUCCUGCCAUCAUCCGAACCCCAGGAAGACCCCAGGCCUCAGGUUGAAUGCAGAUGGAUUCAUCCCCACCACAGUAGCAGAAGACAGAGAUCAUGCCAACUCAUCGGCGAGGGAGGAGUAUGUCGGACGGCCUCACCCUGGAGGAGUCCGCAAGCGGGGGACUGGUCGUCUCAAGCAUUGGCGUUGGGUCCUCCUCCAAUCAGGGGCUCCACCAAGGGGAUGAAAUUGUGGGUGCAUCGAUUAAUUUCGAUGACCUGUCCAAAGAGGAGGUUUUGAAAGUACUGAAGCUGAUGGAACCAUUUAACAACAACAUGCAAGUCCUCACCAAGAACAACAUGAGCAAGAGUCUCGGCAACCUGGAUUCAGUCUCCAAGGGCCCAGGAGAGAUGCUGAACGACUCCUAUAGCCGACUCUACAAUGCAAAGAUCAAGAGGUUCAUGAGGGAUGGCCAUGGAGGUGUGGGUGGUUCCAGCGAUGGAGUGCGACACCCUCAAGGAAGCAGACCGGAGUUAUCCAAUUUAAGCCAUAAGACUGACAGUGGAAUUCCUCGGCUUGGCGUUGAUUUUGGAUUACUCAAAACAAAGACUCCCAGAAUGGACACACCGACAGCAGACGGAAACCUCAAUUUGAAAACUAAAUCUGAACUAAACUUGCGUCAUUCCAAUGGAAGUCUUCCUGGUUUGGAAAUAUAUCCGACCGAGGGUAAGAUCAGUGACCCAACCUUUGACGGCAAUGCACCAAAAAUAGAAAUUGAAGGAUCUAAAAAAUCAUUAAAAAUGCCAAGAUUUAAUAUUCCAGACCUGGGUCUUAAUGGAGCCAUAACCAGACAGACAGAUAUAAAUGUCCCAGAAAUCUCUUCAGGUGCUAUUCAUGUCAGACCUUCCAAGAAACUUAGGAAUCCUCCCCUAAAUGUGGACAACCCUAAUAUGGGUUUACAUAACUUUGAGUUGCCUACAGUGACAAGGUCCACGGUAGACCUAAAAAAACCUGAUUUAGAUCUUGAUUCACCCUCUGGAGAAUUCAAGAUGCCUUCAUUUGGGCUGUCAGGCAAAAGACCAGAUCUCAAUAUUGAUGCUGACCUCAAAUCACCUGACUUCAGUCUCAAAACUGUUAAUACUCCAGGGCUGGACAUCAACGCAGGCCAGAACACACCAAGGUUCAAGAUUCCCAACUUUGGUCUCUCUAGCCCCGAAGCACAAGAAGGUGGUUAUAGUGGAGAUCUACAGGGGCCAGAUAUCAGCUUAGGAAAGAAUAAAGCUGGAUAUCUGGAAACUGACAUUGACCUUGAUUACGAGUCAACUAAACUCAAGCAACCGAGUAUGGAUAUUGGUACCCCUUCUGGAAAUUUCAAAAUGCCAGAUUUGAAAAUGCCCAGUUUUGGAUUGUCUGGAUCAAAAGUAGAAGUUCCUGACUAUGAGUUGCCUAAUGUAAAUCUCUCCAAGCUAAAUGUUAACACCGAUAUGGAGAUGAAAGUGCCCUCAGCAAAAGUAAGUGCUCCCUCUGCUAAGGUCAAAAAACCCAAAUUCAAAUUAUUUGGUACAUUACCAAAGAAAAGAGAUGUGGAUAUAAAUGCAAGUGCAAAAUCUCCAAAGAUUCAGGGUUUAGAGUUUUCUGGAAUUGACACACCAACCAUUGAUCUCACAGCUCCUAAUCUAGACCUGCAUGCUCCAGACAUGAACGCUGAUUUACCCAAAGGGAAAUUCAAAAUGCCCUCACAGAGCAUGCCUAAUUUUGACUUGAAUGCUCCUGACCUGAACAUCAAUACACCAACAUUGAAAUCACCAGACCUGAGCCUCAGUGGUCCAAACAUAAAGGCUCCUGCUAUGGAUUUACCAAACAUGGAUCUUAAAGCUCCAAAAGUAGAUCUUAACAUGGGAUCAUCCAAAGGAAUGUUUGAUAUGCCCAAAUUUAAGAUGCCAAAUCUCCCAAACCUAAAAAGACCAGACAUUGAUGGCAACAUAGAUGGUUCAGAUCUAGAUGUGAAUAUACCAAAUGUCAACAUAAAGGGUCCCAAAGGAGGGCUAGAAAUACCAGAUGCUGAUUAUGACAGCCCGUCAUUUAAUUUUAAGAAGCCAAAUUUGAAAAUGCCAGAUUUCGGUCUUUCAGCACCAAAGUUAGAUAGUCCUGACUUUAACUUCAAAUCCCCUGAUUUUAAUGUUUCAUGUCCUAAACUUGGCGGUGGAAUAAAUACACCAGACCUCGAUAUGCCCAGACUUGAUCUCAAAAGCCCCAACAUGGACCUCAGUGGCCCUAACAUUGAUAUGAAUGCUCCUUCAGGGAAAUUCAAAAUGCCCAAGUUUGAUCUCUCUGGCACACUGCCAAAAGGGGGAAUUGAAGCCCCGAACUUGGACACGCCCAAAUUGGUUCUUAAAGCUCCUAAAUUGGAUGUGAAUACUCCAGAUGUGAACAUUGGUUCACCCAAAGCAAAGUUUAAGAUGCCCCACUUGAAGAUGCCAAAAUUUGGAUUACCCAACAUUAAAGGACCUGACAUUGACGGCAACAUAGGUGGUCCAGAUCUAGAUUUGAAUAUGCCAAAUGUCAACCUCAAAGGCCCUAAAGCUGGAUUGGAAAUGCCAGAUGCGGAUUUUGACAGCCCAUCAUUUAAAUUUAAAAAGCCAAAUAUGAAGAUGCCAGACUUAAGACUUUCAGGACCAAAGUUAGAUGGUCCUGACUUCCCUGAUUUCAAUGUCUCUGGUCCUAAACUUGGCGGUGGAAUAAAUCCUCCAGACCUUAAUAUGCCCGGAGUGGAUUACAAAAGCCCAAACAUGGACCUCAAUGCCCCUAACAUUGAUAUUAAUGCUCCUUCAGGGAGAUUCAAAAUGCCCAAGUUUGAUCUCUCUGGCACACUGCCAAAAGGGGGAAUUGAGGCCCCGAAUUUAGACUGGCCAAAAAUGGAUCUGAAAGCUCCUAAAUUGGAUGCAAAUACUCCAGAUGUGAACAUUGGUUCACCAAAGUCAAAGUUUAAGAUGCCCGAUUUGAAAAUGCCCAAAUUUGGCUCGCCAAACUUCAAAGGACCCGACAUUGAUGGCAACAUAGGUGGUCCAGAUCUAGAUUUGAAUAUGCCAAAUGUCAACCUAAAGGGUCCCAAAGCUGGAUUGGAAAUGCCAGAUGCUGAUUUUGACAGCCCAUCAUUUAAAUUUAAAAAGCCAAAUAUGAAAAUGCCAGACUUUGGACUUUCAGGACCCAAGUUAGAUGGUCCUGACUUUGAUUUUAAGUCUCCUGAUUUCAAUGUCUCUGGUCCUAAACUUGGCGGUGGUAUAAAUACACCAGACGUCAAUAUGCCCAAAGUUGAUCUCAAAAGCCCCAACAUGGACCUCAGUGGCCCUAACUUUGAUAUUAAUGCUCCUUCAGGGAAACUGAAAAUGCCUAAUUUUGGUCUCUCUGGCACACUUCCAAAAGGGGGGAUUCAGGCCCCGAACUUGGACUUGCCAAAAUUGGAUCUUAAAACUCCUAAAUGGGAUGUGAAUACUCCAGAUUUGAAUAUUGGUUCACCAAAAGGAAAGUUUAAGAUGCCCAAGUUCAAAAUGCCAAGAUUUGGCUCACCUAAAGUUAAAGGACCUGACAUUGAAGGCAAAGUAGGUGGUUCAAAUCUAGAUAUGAAUAUGCCAAAUGUCAACCUUAAGAGUCCCAAGGCCGGAUUUGAAAUGCCAGAUGUAGAUUUUGACAGCCCAUCAUUUCAAUUUAAAAAGCCAAAUUUGAAAAUGCCUGAUCUCGGUCUUUCAGCACCAAAGUUAGAUGGUCCUGACUUUGAUUUUAAGUCUCCUGAUUUCAAUGUCUCUGGUCCUAAACUUGGCGGUGGAAUAAAUACACCAGACCUCAAUAUGCCCAGAGUCGAUCUCAAAAGCCCCAACAUGGACCUCAGUGCCCCUAACAUUGAUAUGAAUGCUCCUUCUGGGAAAUUCAAAAUGCCCAAGUUAGAUCUCUCUGGCAGCCUGCCCGAAGGGGGAAUUGAGGCCCCGAACUUGGACUUGCCAAAAUUGGAUCUAAAAGCUCCUAAAUGGGAUGUGAAUACUCCAGAUUUGAACAUUGGUUCACCCAAAACAAAGUUUAAGAUGCCCCACUUGAAGAUGCCCAAAUUUGGAUCACCAAACAUUAAAGGACCUGACAUUGAUGGCAACAUAGGUGGUCCAGAUCUAGAUUUGAAUAUGCCAAAUGUCAACCUCAAGGGUCCUAAAGCUGGAUUGGAAAUGCCAGAUGCAGAUUUUGACAGCCCAUCAUUCAAAUUGAAAAUGCCAAAUAUGAAAAUGCCAGACUUUGGACUUUCAGGACCCAAGUUAGAUGGUCCUGACUUUAAGUCCCCUGAUUUCAAUGUUUCUGGUCCUAAACUUGGCGGUGGAAUUAAUCUCCCAGACCUCAAUGUGCCCAACUUUGAUCUCAAAAGCCCAAACAUGGACCUCAGUGCCCCUAACAUUGAUAUGAAGGCUCCUUCUGGGAAAUUCAAAAUUCCUAAGUUAGAUCUCUCUGGCAGCCUGCCCGAAGGGGGAAUUGAGGCCCCGAACUUAAACUUGCCAAAAUUGGAUCUAAAAGCUCCUAAAUGGGAUGUGAACACUCCAGAUUUGAACAUUGGUUCACCCAAAACAAAGUUUAAGAUGCCCCACUUGAAGAUGCCCAAAUUUGGAUCACCCAAAAUUAAAGGACCUGACAUUGAUGGCAACAUAGGUGGUCCAGAUCUAGAUUUGAAUAUGCCAAAUGUCAACCUCAAGGGUCCUAAAGCUGGAUUGGAAAUGCCAGAUGCAGAUUUUGACAGCCCAUCAUUCAAAUUGAAAAUGCCAAAUAUGAAAAAGCCAGACUUUGGACUUUCAGGACCCAAGUUAGAUGGUCCUGACUUUAAGUCCCCUGAUUUCAAUGUUUCUGGUCCUAAACUUGGCGGUGGAAUUAAUCUCCCAGACCUCAAUGUGCCCAACUUUGAUCUCAAAAGCCCCAACAUGGACCUCAGUGCCCCUAACAUUGAUAUGAAGGCUCCUUCUGGGAAAUUCAAAAUUCCUAAAUUAGAUCUCUCUGGCAGCCUGCCCGAAGGGGGAAUUGAGGCCCCGAACUUGGACUUGCCAAAAUUGGAUCUAAAAGCUCCUAAAUGGGAUGUGAACACUCCAGAUUUGAACAUUGGUUCACCCAAAACAAAGUUUAAGAUGCCCCACUUGAAGAUGCCCAAAUUUGGAUCACCCAACAUUAAAGGACCUGACAUUGACGGCAACUUCGAUGGUCCAGAUCUAGAUUUGAAUAUGCCAAAUGUCAACCUCAAGGGUCCUAAAGCUGGAUUGGAAAUGCCAGAUGCAGAUUUUGACAGCCCAUCAUUCAAAUUUAAAAAGCCAAAUAUGAAAAUGCCAGACUUUGGACUUUCAGGACCCAAGUUAGAUGGCCCUGACUUUAAGUCCCCUGAUUUCAAUGUCUCUGGUCCUAAACUUGGUGGUGGAAUAAAUCUCCCAGACCUCAAUAUGCCCAAUUUUGAUCUCAAAAGCCCCAACAUGGACCUCAGUGCCCCAAACAUUGAUAUGAAUGCUCCUUCUGGGAAAUUCAAAAUGCCCAAGUUAGAUCUCUCUGGCAGCUUGCCCGAAGGGGGAAUUGGGGCCCCGAACUUGGACUUGCCAAAAUUGGAUCUAAAAGGUCCUAAAUUGGGUAUGAAUACUCCAGACAUGAACAUUGGUUCACCCAAAACAAAGUUUAAGAUGCCUAAGGUGAAGAUGCCCAAAUUUAACCUCCCAAAUCUAAAAGGACCACAAGUUGGUGGCAACUUCGAUGGUCCAGAUCUAGAUAUGAGUAUGCCAAAUGUCAACCUCAAAGGUCCUAAAGCUGGAUUGGAAAUGCCAGAUGCAGAUUUUGACAGCCCAUCAUUCAAAUUUAAAAAGCCAAAUAUGAAAAUGCCAGACUUUGGCCUUUCAGGACCAAAGCUAGAUGGUCCUGACUUUGACCUAAAUUCCCCAGAUUUCAAUGUUUCAGGUCCUAAACUUGGUGCUGGAAUAAAUCCCCCAGACCUCAAUAUGCCCAACUUUGAUCUCAAAAAGCCCAACAUGGACCUCAGUGCCCCAAACAUUGACAUUAAUGCUCCUUCAGGGAAACUGAAAAUGCCCAAAUUUGGUCUCUCAGGUACAUUGCCAGAAGGGGGAAUUGAGACCCCGAAAUUGGACUUGCCAAAAAUGGAUCUUAAAGCUCCUAAAUUGAAUGUGAAAUCUCCAGAUGUGAGGAUUAGUUCACCCAAAACAAAGUUAAAGAUGCCCCACUUGAAAAUGCCCAAAAUUGGCUUAUCCGACAUUAAAGGACCUGACAUUGAUGGCAACAUAGAUGGUCCAGAUGUAGAUUUCAACAUGCCAAUGGCAAACAUUAAAGGUCCAAAAGCUGUAAUUCAAUUACCAGAUGGUGAUUUUGAUGGCAAAUUUAAAAAGCCUAAUUUGGGUCUUUCUGGACCAAAAUUGGAUGCCCCAAGUUUUGAUAUGUCUUCACCAAGACUACCAAAUAUGUCUGUAGACACUCCAGAGGGGAAGUUCAAAAUGCCAGACAUCGGUUUCUCUCGACCAAAAGCAACCGCACCAGACAUGGACCUCCCUGUUUCUAAAUUGAAAGGCCCCGGUCUGAAGGGCCCAAAAGUUGAAAUCAAUGCUCCAUCUGGUCGGAUGAGGACCCCUCAAGGGGAGAACGUGGGUCUUUCUGGUUCACUACCAAAAGGGGAAAUGAACACACCUAAAUUUAACCUAAAUGCCCCUCAAAUAGGCAUGGGCUCUCCAAAGAACGUCAAAAUGCCAAAAGCAGGGAUCCAAGGUGGAUAUAUUGAUGUAAAGAGACCCUCAGGAAAUAUCCAGGCUCCUCAACGUGACCUUGAUUUCCCUGAUAAAAGAUUUAAACAGCCUCAAUUUGGGAGCCCAGGAUCUAAUAUGGACUUUGAUGCAGCUCGUCGACAACCAAACCUGCCAAUGCUAAGUGCUCCAAAUGUAGACCUCAACAGAAUGAGGCCCAGUAUCCAAAGCCCUCAGUUCAACAUGAGAGCUCCAGUUCUUGACAUUGAUGCUCCUGCACUGCAUUAUAACAAGCCCUCUUAUAAAGGUCAGAGGUCAGAUCUUACAGGCAGGAAAACCCCGGGUUUAGAUGGCAAUGUAAACUUGCAAUAUAGAAUGUCUCCUGAGAUACACCCAAGGGGCGAUCGUCACGGCCACAACAAUCAACCAAACCGCCAUGGUUCUGAUCCCAAUGCGUAUGUUUUUGGUUCUGAUCUCAACAUCGAUGAUCUCGACAUCGAUGACUUCACUGGAAGGGAUCAUGUCCCCAGGUCCAGGGCACCCCAACGAGAUCCCGCUAUGGGCAGGGUUUCAGGGGGGUUCAGGGGUCCGAGUUUCAACGUAGCAGCCCCCAGGCACCAGUCAGGGGGUGGGUUAAGCCAGAGCUAUGGAGUCUCCCCAGCAGGGUUCAAUAUGGACCCGCGGGACCCAAGACAUCAGGUUUACAGAAGGUCUGCCGAGGGACCGAGGAGGACCAGGCAGCCCAGCGCCAAGCUGCCCACAGGACACAGAAAACCAUCUGACGAGGGUUAUUUUGUUACAGUUUUCCCCACACAAGGGCAAAAUGGACUUAUGCAAAACCGCAGACCAAACACAUUGGGGAGACUCGACUUCAAUCCACCCAACAUGGACCUCGAGGUUCCAGAUGCAAAUGAAGACGGCUCGACAUUCUGGUUUUCUAAGCUCAUAUAGGAGACAAAGAGUACGACUAUCUCUCAACACAGUUAGCCAGUUUUCAUGUGUCAUGUGUUACAUAUUUGUUGCCCUAUAUUUGUUGCUAAACCUUUUGUAUAUAUUUCUUCAAUAUAUUUGCGUUAUGUAUUAUAAAAUAUGUACUUUUGCACUCAUUGUCAUCAUCAAUGUAAACAUUUGGGAAUUCAAUGUAAACAUUUGACAUGUCACAAAAUGUUUUUUUAAGGAUUGGAAAUUUAGUUCUUAAGUUAUUUCUUGAAUAUUUCCAAAUAUUAAAAUUGGGUGUAUUAAUAAGAGUAUGUGUAAAAUAUAAUCUGCCAUUUUGUUUGCUGAAUAUACAUUCAUUUACGAUUUACAAACCAAAAACAACCCAACCGGAUUACAGGUGCAUUGUAUUCAUUAUCAAAAUUGAAAUAUAAACGUUGAAAUGUAUAUUUUUAACUGGCUGAUAAGUAUGUACUUAAAGUGUAUUUUGUUAUAUAUUUUAAUAAAAAUGAUAUUAAACAAA